AUGAUUUUAGUGCUUGCGCUUUGCCUGGCGGUGGUAUCCGCCGUCCGUUUGCGCGAGCGCUACGGAGCGGGUCUCGCGAGCCCUUGUAUCGCAGUCAUCCCGGCGUUCCAGGGCAACUUAGCGUGUGCUGGACAGUCUACCAAUUUGACUAGAGGCCUUGCAUCGCGAUGUGUCGGUCGUGGAGCUCUUUGUUUCACCGCUGCUCCGGCGGUUGAUCGCCUUCCAUCCUUCUUCCACUCUGGUGCAACUUCCAGAGGCAGCCACGAGCCUCGUAGACAGUCUAAGUACCAGGAAGGAACCUAUUAUCGCAACUCUGCUCACGCUGCAGCUGUAGAUACGGCAGCUGCUGAACACAGGCGGCACAGACAUGGCCCUGUGACUUCGCAGUUGUGGGCAGAGGGAAGGUUUGGAUCGGUCUACGAAGAUCAACCGGAUGAAACAAUCGCAUUAGAAGAACCGGAUUACACCGAUGUUGAAGAGGAUCUGGACUCAGAUCAGGACGAGUCUGACAGCGACGUUGAUUUGGAGGAUAUGGACACCCUGAUCGAUAGAUACACGGCGCCUAAAACGGAGAGCGGAAGUACGGCAUCAAGUGAAGGUGCCACUGUACCGGGUAUUACUGGUAGGUUCGGAUCCCCGGGAUUUAUUGCCGGCACGUCAAGCAUUGCUGCGGCGGCGCAGAGCAAGCUACGAAGCUUCUUCAAUUGGCGUAGCUCUGACACCAAUAGCACAGACGAAAGAGGUGGUGCUUCAGUGGAAGGUGGGAUGGAAGGCGGCGACUCGAGCAUGGGUCAGCUCGGCGGCCGCAUGCCGUACCACAGCAGCAAGCCGUACACUGAGGAGGACAUGUUGGACCUGCCGUACGUGCUUUCUCGCAACGUGAACAUGUCGCUGGACCGCUGGCCUGACAACUGCUUUCUACGCAUCCGGUUGGAGUCCUAUUACCCGUUUCUGUUGCGCUUCUCUGCUGACCGCCUGAUCAAGGGCAUCCGCGAACACACCAACUUGCGGGUGGGCAACGUGAAGGCUAUGCCGAUGCGGCGCAAGCGGUGGUGUCUGCUGUCUUCCCCGCAUGUGGACAAGCGGUCGAAGGACAUCUACGAAAUCCAGCAGCACGUCCGUUUUCUCGACGUGUUCCCAGCGGCCAAACCUGCACAACAGUCGGGAUCCUCGGCAAAUGAGGAUGGAACAGGAGAUGCUGGAGAGGAAGGUCAUAAUGGCGAGGGCGUUGAUGCCGAUACAGUUGCAGACGAUAUAUCUGAAGGUGCUAAAACUGGAAGUCCCCAAUCUUACAGGAUGGGUCAACCGAAGUCGGACGCCAUGAAGUUCAAGGGGCUGCUGAUGGUGCCACUUCCGAACUUCGUCAGCUUCGACUACUGGUUCGAGGAGGUGCACAAGCCCGUGAAAAACCGCAACAUCGAGAAGACGUUCCGCCGGCGCAUCUGGGUAUCUAAGUACUUCCGCCACAACUACGAGAAGCGGGAGAAGGCUGAGCUGGUGGACAAGCUGACGUCUCCGGAGCUGUAUGCGCAGAUCCCGCUGCGUCACAAGCGCCACCCCUGCGACUACUUCGCGCUGCAGCUGGGCGAGCUGCGCAAGCUGUACGACUUCGUGGUCAGGCGCAAGGCGGAGGACGAGGCGCGGGCGCGCUACGGUGUGCCUGGGCCCAAGUUCUACGACAUCGACGAGGUCCGCUUCGUACCAAAUGAGGAGGACCGCCGCUGUGGUUACAUAUCGGAUGACGAUGCCGAUGUUGACACGGAGGUCUCCAAGCAGAUGGCCGCCCUGGAGAAGGCGGAGGCUGCAAAUGCACGCCGCAGGUAG